CUUCAACGUCUGUCCCCAGAACUGCUCCGGCAGAGGGGAAUGUCGGCCCGUGAACGGCAGCCAAGCGGUUGAAUGUGAGUGUUGGGAGCAUUGGAAAGGAGAGGCCUGCGAUAUUCCCAAUUGCCCAGAAGAGUGCGGCUUCCCUGAAAGGGGUCAGUGCAGCGUGAACGGAACUCAGGGCUGCAUCUGUUACCCGGGCUGGCAAGGUGUUGACUGCUCGGUUCCUGUUCCAUCGAAUCGCUCCUUUUGGACCCGGGAUGAAUUCUACGUCCCCAAACUCCCGCGGGCGUCUCACAAAGCCGUGGUCCAAGACGAGGUCAUGUGGGUGAUCGGUGGCUACAUGUUCAAUCACACGGACUCUCAGAUGGUCUUGGCGUAUAACCUGGAGUCCAGAGAAUGGAUGACCCUGGGCGGUUCUGUGAACACCGUGGGGAUCAGAUACGGCCAUUCGAUAGCCUUACACGAAAACAAAAUCUACAUGUACGGAGGCAAGGUAGACGAGAGCGGCAACGUAACCAGUCAGCUCUGGCUGUUCCACAUCUCCAACCCCACAAACACCUGGAGCAUUUUACAAACCAGAGGAGCCCUGGUGCAAGGAGGAUAUGGCCACAGCAGUGUGUACGACCCACCCUCCGGGUCCAUCUAUACGCAUGGAGGUUACAAGGCUUUCAGCGCGAACAAAUACAGGCUGACGGACGACCUGUACAAAUACGAAGUUCGUAAGUACAAGUGGACUAUUUUGAAAGAGAGCAGAUUCUCCCGCUAUCUCCAUUCGGCCUUGAUCAUCAGCGGGACCAUGUUGGUUUUCGGAGGCAACACCCACAACGACACCUCCAUGAGUCAGGGGGCGAAAUGCUUCUCUUCAGACUUCAUGGCCUACGAUAUAGCUUGCGAUCGUUGGUCGGUGCUUCCUCCCCCCGAUCUCCCCCACGACAUCAACCGGUUUGGACACUCGGCGGUGCUGAGGAAUAACACCAUGUACCUCUUCGGAGGCUUCAACAGCCUGCUUUUGAGCGACCUCGUGAAAUACACGCCCGAAAGCUGCGAAGCGUACCUCACUAAGGUCUCCUGCUUAAAGGCGGGCCCUGGCGUCCGAUGUGUCUGGAACGCCUCGGUUUCCCAGUGCCUCCCGUGGGAAGGGGCCCCCACACAGCAAGAACGCAAAACGAAUGACGAAUGCCCUUCUUGGCUGGCUGUGGAGCACGAAAAGUGCGACCAGAUCACCGACUGCUACAGCUGCACAGCCAACACCAACUGGUGCCACUGGUGCACGGACCAGUGCCUGUCCAAGAACAGCAACUGCUCGGAAGACCAGACCCCCAUUGCCGCCUUCGAAAGCUGCCCCAAGGACCACCCGGCCUUCUACUGCAACAAGAAGAGCAGUUGCAAGAGCUGCAGCCUGGACCAGAACUGCCAGUGGGAAGCCCGGAACCAGGAGUGCAUCGCUCUGCCCGAAAACAUCUGUGGGGCCACGUGGCACCUGGUGGGGAACUCCUGCCUGAGGAUCACCAACACAAAAGACAGCUACGACAACGCCAAGCUGGCCUGCCGGAGUCACAACGCCGCUCUGGCCUCCCUCACCACGCCGAAGAAGGUGGAGUUUCUCCUGAAGGAGCUGCAGAAGACCCAGUCCACACCCAAAGCCUUGACACCCUGGGUCGGAUUGCGAAAGAUCAACAUCUCCUACUGGUGCUGGGAAGACAUGUCCCCCUUCACCAACACCCUGCUCCGGUGGCUUCCGGGGGAGCCCAGCGACAUCGGCUUCUGCAGCUACUUAGCGGAGGCCAGCAGCCAGGGCCUGAAGGCCGCCACCUGCAUCAACCUGGUCAACGGCAGCGUCUGCGAGCGGCCAGCCAACCACAGCGCCAAGCAGUGCCGCACCCCCUGCGGCCUGAGGGUGGCGUGCAGCGAAUGCACCAGCAGCAACUCCGAGUGCAUGUGGUGCAGCAACAAGAAGCAGUGCGUGGACUCCAACGCCUACGUGGCCUCCUUCCCUUACGGCCAGUGCCUGGAAUGGCACACCGUCAGCAGCUGCCCACCCGAAAACUGCUCCGGCUACUUCACCUGCAGCCACUGCCUGGAGCAACCGGGCUGCGGCUGGUGCACGGAUCCCAGUAACACCGGCAAGGGCCGAUGCAUGGAAGGCUCUUCCAGGGCUCCGAUGAAGAUGCCGGUGGCCUCGGCGCCCUCGGCAGGAAAAGCCUAUCCAGACCCGGUCCUGGACGCCAGCCUGUGCCUGACGGAGACCAAAUAUAACUGGUCCUUCAUCCAGUGUCCAGCCUGCCAGUGUAACGGGCACAGCAAAUGUAUCAACGAGAGCAUCUGCGAGCGGUGUGAAAACCUGACGACCGGCAGGCACUGCGAGACGUGCAUCUCCGGAUACUAUGGAGACCCCACGAACGGCGGGACCUGCCAGCCCUGCAAGUGCAACGGCCACGCCUCCGUCUGCAACGCCAACACCGGGAAGUGCUUCUGCACCACCAAAGGGAUCAAAGGAGAAGAGUGCCAGCUGUGUGAAGUCGAGAAUCGAUACCAGGGUAACCCUCUCAAAGGAACCUGCUACUACACCCUCCUGAUUGACUAUCAAUUCACCUUCAGUCUGUCCCAAGAAGACGACCGCUAUUACACAGCCAUCAAUUUUGUGGCCACCCCGGAAGAGCCAAACCGAGACCUGGAUAUGUUCAUCAACGCUUCGAAAAACUUCAACCUUAACAUCACCUGGUCGACCAGCUUUGCAGCCGGUACGCAGGCCGGAGAGGAGAUCCCCGUGGUUUCCAAAAACCAGAUCAAGGAGUAUAAGGACAGCUUCUCCAACGAGAAAUUUGAUUUCCGCAACAACCCGAACAUCACGUUCUUCGUCUACGUCAGCAACUUCACCUGGCCGAUAAAAAUACAGAUUGCAUUUUCACAGCACAGUAACUUUAUGGAUCUGGUGCAGUUCUUUGUCACCUUUUUCAGCUGCUUCUUGUCUCUGCUCCUGGUGGCUGCCGUGGUUUGGAAGAUUAAGCAAAGCUGCUGGGCCUCAAGGAGGAGAGAG